GUCGGUAUGGAAGCAUGAUGUGCAGUACGGAUGGUAUUUAAUGGUUUGAUUAAAGAUAGGAUUAUAAUGGGACAUGUGAUGUGAUGGGAAAGUCUGGAGCAGAUCUUUGUUUUGUCUUCACCUCUCUCACCUCAUGUUGAUCUCAAUGUCACCUCUGUCGUCACGUGACUCAUGACAGCUCUUGAGUGACGUUAUGUUCAUGACUGAUGUGUGUUUGCAGCACGCUGUAAUAAUUGUGAGGGACCUCGGCGGGCAGUAAGGUGUUGAGAUGGAUGCGAGGUUAUCCCUAAGAGCAUUUGCCAUCUCUCGGACAGAAAACCAAUAGAAAAGCGUGUUCUCUACGUAAUGAAUCCCAUCCUCCUCCUCCUCUUCCUCCUCCUCCGACAUAACGGAGCGAUGCUGGCGGUCAUGCUUCAAUCGAAUCGCGUCUAAUCGCGGCUUCGGCACGAGACUGAGUCCCUGGCGUGAUUUAAAGAAGAAGCCCUCAGCACAAACCACACCUCAUACUAAACAGCUCGAUCGACACACAAUGCACUCCUCCUGUCGCGAAAACGACGCGUUUCUCUGGACGUGUGGACUCCUGAUAUCACCUCGCUGAGCGAUGAUGCUCGUGACACGGCGCGCAUUCACUCAGCGUCCGCUUUAUUCGCGAGAGAAGCAGCAGAACGGAUGCUUGACCACUGCGAAACCGCCUUUUCACGCGUCAAGCCUCUUCUGGUUAUCGGCGAGGGACAUAUUAUCAUAACCACGAGGGCCAGGGAGACGUGAUUAAAGUUUCAACGAUGUAAAUCGAGGUUUGGUAUGAGUGAAGUCGCCUCCGUCUAGCACAAACUAGAGCUCACGUUUGAGAGAGUCGAAAGAGGACGUCCGUUCAGCAAUUGCUGCACGUCACACCAUGAGCCAGCCACAGCCCCCUCAGCAGGCGGCAGCGCCGGACCUGGAGGUGAUCUCCCAGCAGGUGGAGGAUGAAGGGCAGUGCAUGGCUCCAGUGCAGCUGGUCAGCUUCACCUACAGGGACCUUCCUCUGGCUGCCCUGGACCUCUCGUUGGCCGGAUCCCAGUUACUAUCCAAUCUGGAUGAAGAGGACAACCAAGAGGGGUCUAACUGGCUGAAGCCGUGCUGCGGGAGGAGAGCAGCGUUGUGGCAGGUGUGUUUGCUGAGUGCCGGCUUCAACUGUUUCCUGGUGGCCUGUGUCAUCCUGGUGGUGCUCCUACUGACCGUGGAGCUGCUCAUUGAUACUAAACUCCUGCAAUUUAAUAAUGCAUUCCAGUUCGCCUGUAUCAUCCACUGGAUCAGUCUGGUCAUCCUGUCCGUGUUCUUCACUGAGACUGUGUUCAGGAUUGUGGUGCUCGGGAUUUGGGAUUAUAUAGAGAACAAAGUUGAGGUAUUUGACGGUGCUGUGAUUGUACUCUCUCUGGCCCCAAUGGUGGCCUCAACGGUGGCCAACGGCCCCAGCAGCCCCUGGGACGCCAUCAGCCUCAUCAUCACCCUCCGCAUCUGGAGAGUCAAGAGAAUCAUUGACGCGUAUGUGCUCCAGGUGAAGGUGGAGAUGGAGCUGGAGAUCCAGCAGUAUGAGAAGACCAAAGCUGUGAGGGAGGAACAGCUGGAGAGACUCACACAGAUCUGUCAGGAACAGGCCUUUGAGAUCCGGCAGCUGAGGGCUCACCUGGCGCAGCAGGAUUUGGAUCUGGCUGCUGAGCGUGAGGCCGCUAUGCAGAUCCACCAUGUGUGGGGCAAACAGAGCAGCAGCUUCCAGGAAAUAGACGGCCUGGGACCCCCUGGAUCUGACAACCCCAGAGAGCCCAGACCUCCUCCAGAGAGUGUCGUUCAGGAUGAUAUGAAUAACUACAUCAGUCAGUAUUACAGUGAGCCAAGUAGCGACAUUGGGGUACCCAACCCUGGUGCAUGUAUCAUAACCACAGCAGCCAUCGAUGUCCACCUUCCCACCAACCCCAACCAGUUGCCGCCUUCCCUCGUCAGUGCUGACGGCCCGGGCAGUGGCCAGGAGCGCACGGGCAGCUCUGUAAGUGAAGCAUCCAGCACGACCAUGUCCCGGUCCAGCUGCAGCUUCACAGCCCGGCAGCACAGCGUCAGCAGCCACACGCUGGGCUCCACGACUGACUGCAGCUCUACCGUACGGGAGGCGUCCACCUCCGACUACAGCGGCCAACGCUGCUGCCCUCCUCCAUACUGCAGCCCUCUGACCCUGGGCACACAACCGGGUGUCCACGACCCCAGCGCGGUGGUCAAAGAACUACUCUCUUCCCUGUCUGAGGACUCCUGCCUUGCGCAAAAAGGCAGGGUGGACCCGGUCAACCUUAAAUUGCCCAGUCCGGCAGGGUCGGUAAAGGCCAGCCCGGAACUGCAACACAGGGUGAACAUUUACAACAAGAGAAACCAGGAACGUCUGGGGGUAUUCCAGACCAAGCCACUUAUCCACCUGCAGGGGACUGAGCCAUCUCUGGAGGAGAAGUACAGGCUUAUGGAGCCGGCAGAUGCUCCACUCAGCCAUAUAACGGACACAUAGAGCAUGACGUUUGGGACGGUGACCACCAACACCAGCUGAAGCAGCCUCUCUCUUGGCCUCUCUUUCUAUAUCGCUUACUUACUGGCUGUGUCCGAAAUAUAAAAACUGUUGACAUUGCUUGCAGUAUCCGGAGGUAGGAAGGCAUCAGGGCAUAUCUGAGUCUAAUGUGUGUGGAACGUUCUCUACUGAAAAAGUGUGACUUGUUCUGGAGAGCCAACUUCCUGGUCCAAAUCUGCUCCAACAGACCUUCUUGUAGUUUUCAAGUAAUCCAGAACACCUUCGGUGGUUGAUUAAAGCGUGUCUGAUAAGGGUUGGAGCUAAAUCCAAUGUGAAGGCAAAACUUCCCAGAUUUGUGUUGAUUCUCUUGUUAAAAAUGGUGCAAAAUCACAAUGCUGGAAUGGUUCGAGAGAAAAAAAUACUCUUAACAACUGAGGAUCACACUACCAGACUUUCAUAGAAACAUGCUUUGUUGACAAAAUACGCAUGCCAAAUGAAAAUUCGGCUCAAACUAUUAAACAAGUCUGAUAUCUUCCAACUGGAUGCAAUCAUGUUCUAAAGCUAAAAAAAAAAAAUUUGCCAAUAAAGACAAAAAUAUUUUCUGUGAAAUUCCAGCCACACUCAACCAGCCUCCAAGAUCUAGAGACUGGUUCUGACUGUUGGCACUAACAUCCACUCCCCCCAACUCUAUAUUGAAGCAAAAAAUUCUAGGCAUAGAUAACAGUUGUAUUCCAGCUUUAAGUUUCUGACAGACUCUACAGGAAGGUGCCUCUCCAUGAGCUGGAUUGGACAACCCCAGUGUUCCCUCAACCCUGUUCCUGUAAGUACAGUAGACAUUUUUGAACUCUUCCUAAUCGAGCACAUGUGAUUGAACUACUCAGCUUAUUAACAGAGACCGCAACUCCUGAAAUAGAUCAGUUAGAUUAAGACAUCCAAAAUGUGUACUGUCGGUGUGCAUCCAACGUGUCGACUACAACAUAACUAGUUCACUAUCCGGUGCACCCCCUACUACUGAAAUGCCUCCAAAUCCCACUAAAACAUUGGACAUAUCAUUCCCCGUCUAUGAUAUCCCACAACCCUGUGUAUGUGGUCCAGUGGUUACUUAAAAAGUGUCUGAUGGGCAGUUGAAAACAGUAAUUAUCUACAGAGAUACAGAUGGGAAUCAACACGUCUGAAGUUAAAGGGUUUUGAAAGCCCGUCUAAAACCUUAGGGCACGGUUCCUCGAAUCCAGCCAUGGAGGCCCACUGCCCUCCAAAGUUUAACUCCAAAUCUAAUCAAAGACAGGCUAAAUAAGGUCUCCAGAAUGACUCGAAAAGUACUGGGAGUUAAGUUUGAUCAAGGUCUGAGCUGAACUUUUCAAGGCAGUAGCACUCCAGGGUCAGAUCUGAGGAACCCUGCCUUACGGUUUACCUUCAUUCAAAAACUCCAGUGAUUGGGCCGUUAUUACGUUGUUUCGGACACAGCCAAUCUGUCUUUCUCUGUGUGUCAGCACAGCACUAUGAUACCCACUCCCAGGUUUCAUGUUCUCAAAAUGGGGCACAUGAAGUGACAUGAGGACAACGCUCUCUGCUACUCACCUCAUGCAACGUUCCUCCUUACAGAUGCACAUUUUUCUCUUUCUCUGUCUCUGCAAGAGCACUUGAACUGUGUCACUCCUGCCAAAAUUGCACAACCUUCCAAGAAGUCAGGUAGAGGUACAUUGGGAGCCAUCAUUGGAAGAUCCUUCAGGAAUUUCAGUGUGUCUGUUGGGCGAGUGGUGUAUGAAACCAGCAAAGACGCACUCUUUUAGACGGUAGACCAAUAUCUGAGUGCGGCUGGAAGACUUAUCACGUGUUCUCUUUCAGGGUGGCAUCGGAGGGCGUUUUUAUUUGUCGAAUUUGUUUAUUUGUACGAAAUGUAACUGACACACAAUGUACAGUCCUUCUCCCCCAAUGCUGCAGGGUUACAUUUGAUCCAUGUUCAAAUGUGUCAAGCUGUGUGAUUCAGCCAAAUUUCUUACCUUUGCCUUUCUUACAUUGCUGAUGUUUGUAUUCAAAUUCUAUGCGAGAGAAAAAAAAAGUGCUAAACUCAAGUAUUUUUAAAACAUGGAGAGCAAACGAUAGGCGAACAUUUCAGGUAUACAGUAUUAGAAGAUUUUUAUGCGAACUCAUGGUUAGAAUGUUGUCAUAACCCUUAACCUGAACCCCCAUCCCAAUAGCAUGAGCCUUUGAAAAGAUCUUUCUGCUUUCCGACUAAGGCAAAUGAAUCCUGUUAUCAACAAGGGAUUUUACAAACUGACAAUGGGAGAGAUUGUCAAGCAAUUAAAAGUUGGUAACUUCAG